UCCAGUUCGAUUACAUCAAGUCUUGGAUGUUGUAGUUCGCAGCAGUCGAAUUUAGAAUUCAGCGCAAUUUUUUUAGCCGGUCGAAAUGGAAAAGUUUAAUAAAGCGCAGGCCAAAAACUUGGCAGCUGCACAGAAAUUAGUGAAUGCUUAUGCCUCCAGCUCUGAAGAUGAAGGCGAACUGGAUGAAAAGCAUAUACUUGAUCUUUUAUACAAACAUUACAAGGCUCCAGUGACUGCAUCCAGUGACAACAAUGUAAACCGCACCGCCACAUUUCUGGAAAAUACUCUGCACUCUGGCGCUGCUACGUGUCUAAUUUGUAUUGGCAGCAUUCGACGCGUGGAAUCCAUUUGGUCAUGCAAGAGUUGCUAUUGCUUCUUCCAUCUCAAUUGCAUUCAGCGCUGGGCCAACGACAGCGUUAUGCAAAUGAAAGUCAAGGCGGAGCAGCAGCAAACCAAUGAUAAUCAGGGUCAUUAUAAUCAUCUGGGCGAAUUUGUGCAGCCCAAACGCACAAAGUCUCUCCAUUGGUGCUGUCCGCAGUGCCGUAGGGACUAUCAACCAGCCGAUCGACCCACACAGUAUGAAUGUUUUUGUGGCAAGGAGCCAAAUCCGCAGCCGCAACCUUUCCUUGUGCCACACUCCUGUGGCGAAAUUUGUGGAAAACUGUUGCAACCAAAAUGUGGGCACGAUUGUAAAUUGCUUUGCCAUCCGGGUCCGUGUCCACCAUGCGCACAACUGGCGCACAGCUCUUGCCUCUGUGGCAAUGCGGCUGUACGGAGCGUGAGAUGCAUCGACAAGAGCUGGCAGUGCGAGCAAAAGUGUCAAUCGCUUUUAUCAUGUGGCAAGCACAAAUGCAAUCAGCGGUGCCAUCGACCUGGUCAGUGUCCGCCAUGCACCAGUAAGAGCUCACAGCCCUGCGAAUGCAAACGCGAAAAGAAAGUCGUGAACUGUGCGGAGCCCAAAUGGAAAUGCAGCAACGUCUGUGGCGCUCUGUUUGCUUGUGGCAUUCAUACCUGUGAGAAAGUGUGCCACGCAGGAUCCUGUGAAGGCGCGGAGUGUCCUUUCGGCGUGCGUAGCUGUCCAUGCGGCAAGAGCAUUAAAAGUGGGGGUUGUAACGAGCUACAGGAAACAUGUGGCGACACUUGCCAGAAGCUCUUGUCAUGUGGCAAACAUAGCUGCGCACAGCGCUGUCAUCGUGGCCCUUGCAACUUGUGCCUAGUGCGCACGACGAAGAAAUGCCGCUGCGGCCUACAUGAAAAGGAGCUGCCCUGUUCCAAGGAGUUCAACUGCGAAACCAAAUGCAAACAGAUGCGGGAUUGUGGCAAACAUGCUUGCAAUCGCAAGUGCUGUGGUGAUCAAUGUCCGCCUUGCGAGAAGAUCUGCGGCAAACAGCUGAGUUGCAACAAACACAAAUGUCAGUCCGUGUGCCACAACGGACCAUGUUAUCCGUGCAAGAUGGAGUCUCAAGUGAAUUGCCGUUGCGGCAAGACGCGACGAAGCGUCCCCUGCGGACGAGAGAAGAAUGCGCGUAUUGCGUGCCAGGAGCUAUGUCGCAUUACGUCCAAAUGUCAUCAUGCCAUCAAGCAUCGGUGUCACAAGGGCGAAUGCCCGCCCUGCGUGCAGCCUUGUGGGUUAGUCAAUGAUUCCACCGGGUGUGGACAUAUUUGUAAGGCGCGCUGCCACGCAGCGCAGCGUGUGCCUCGACCAGAUCAGGCGCCGCGUGGACAACAGCACAAAUACGAAUAUCGCGCUUUGCCGCAUCCCCGUUGCGAGGAGAAUGUCAGCGUUCGCUGCAUUGGCGGACAUGAGUUGGCCACUUGGCCCUGCUGGAACUCCAAGCCCACAUCCUGCCAGCGUAAGUGCGCACGUCAGCUGAAGUGUGGCAAUCAUCGAUGCGAUCGGGUGUGCCAUACAGUGCCAGAUCCACAGGAUAUGCAGCAGCAAGUAGGUUGUGCAAAUUGUGAACAAGGCUGCGCUAUUCCUCGUCCUGCUGGCUGCACGCAUGCCUGCGCUAAAGGCUGUCAUCCACCACCUUGUGCCCCAUGUGCAUUUGUGAUCAAAAACAAAUGCUACUGUGGACUCAAUCAAGUAAUAUACAAGUGCAGUGAAUAUUUUAAUGAAGAGGGCAGUCUACAGGAGGUGCAGGAGCGACAACAAAGAUUCAACAGUUGUGGCAAUCGUUGCCUUAAAAAUUUCAAUUGUGGCCAUCGUUGCUUGACAGUUUGCCAUCCUGGCCCCUGUCCCAAUCCCGAGCUUUGCCGUAAGAAGUUGCGCAUCUAUUGCAAGUGCAAACGUCUAAAGCAGGAAAUCGCCUGCGACAAACAUCGAGCAGGUCAAACAUCCCUCAAUUGUGAUGACAAUUGUCAAGCGGAGCGCUCAAAGGCUCAAGCCACAGAGCAGCAACAGCAACAGCUUAAAUUGCAGCAAGAGCAGGAGCGUAAUCGACUGGAGCUCGAGAAAUAUGAGCUAAAGUUUGGCAAGCGCAAGCACAAGGAGCGUAAAACUUUGGAUGUGGAGCCCACAAAAUCCAACAUUAAUUGGCCACGUUUAAGCAUCUAUGCAUUAUCCUUGCUGGUCGUAAUCGGAGCACUGGGCGUGGCAUACUAUGCAGACAGCUAGAAUCAACU